AUAUAUACUACGGAAUUAAAAUUGGUCCUGUAACCAGAACUGUCAGAUUCGUUAGAAACGACAAAACCAUGUUUAAUGAUCAGUCAUUUCCACCAGUUGGAUUUUCCUCGCAAGCAUCACUUGAUAAUUAACACUCAUUGGAAAUUGUGAAUGACCAUGAGUCUUCUGUGCGACGAUCAACUAAACAGACUCACUAACUGGGCAAUUUUAUUAUCCCAGAUCACAAAGUACCGCCAAUAUUCAGACAGAGGAAAUUCGUUUCCAGGAGCGCGAGAAUCAAGUUCUCGAGUCGAAGGAUGUCGAGACAAGAAUGCGCCACAUGUCGAUUACCAGAAACUGUCAGCAUUUCUGAAACGCGUCACACCUUCGGUAUUGGAUGAACUCGACGAGAUUUAUGGCAGCACUGCUUUUGAUGGGUAUGAUGUUGCGACUGGUGGAGAACCAUCUAGCAGCAUUAAGUUGCUCACAAAGUUUAAUACCCUCAAUGAAGCGGAUGCCGAGACCAAAAUAAGCUGUGUUACUUGGAGUGCCGGUGGUGGAACUUUGGCUUUGUCAUACAGUGCAGUAUGUCAUGACACGUGGUGUAACCAUACAUCAAGUAUCAGAAUUUUCAAUUUUACGAAAGAAGAUCAGUUUCCAUCAACACCAAACAGAAGCUUGGAAGUAAACUCGUGUGUCACUGCAUUAUCAUAUCACCCUGUGGAACCCUCCAUUCUAGCAGCAGGUUUAUUUAAUGGAGAUGUCUUAGUCUGGAAUUUGAGAGAUGAUAAGUCUUCAGCCCCGCUUCAGUUAUCUGCUCACGGAGACUCCUUGUCUGUGGUUCAAUGGCGACCCACAUUAGUUAAUGGUGUAUUUCCCCUGGUCACAGCCGGUAGAGAUGGAUAUUUACUCGUCCACAAACUGACUGCCAAUUUUACCAAUGUUGAUUUAUACAAGAGAUUUAAGAUCAGUAAAGAACAUAAUCCUUCAGAAAAAACAAGGCCACGUAGCGCCAGUGGUAGAAAAGAAAGAGCAGUAGAACCUGGAUUAUGUAUAACAGCUCUCAAUUUCUCUACAAUUGAUCAAACUAUCUUUGUUCUUGGAACUUUAUGUGGGGGCUUAUACAGGUGUAAUAUUGAUCACGGUACCCCAGUAGAAGGUACAGUGUAUAGUAGCAGAGAUACCAUGGACCCAGUAGUGGAUCAGUUUGAAAGACACGAAGGUAGCAUAACAUCCAUAAUUUCGUCGAAAACUUGCGAUACUUUUGUGACAAGUGGUACCGAUAAGGAAAUACGUAUUUAUCGAUUAUCACAGUUCAAUUCCCUGCACGUAAUAGGUGUGGAAGAUACCGCGAUAGGUCUAUCAUGGGUGGUUGGGAACUCGAAUAUUUUUGCAGCGUAUGGAGCUGGUCAAAUAAUAAUGUUUUACAACUUGGAAAAUGGGAAAAACAUGCCCGAAAUGUUAUUGAAAACGAACGGCAGCGAGACGAAUUGUCUGCAAUUCAACACUAAAAGAGACUUAGUAGCUAUAGGCGUAAGUAAGGGGAAUCUGGAAAUAUGGAAAGUACCACAGAACAUGGUGUACUGAAACUGCAACAUAAAUGUAUAUUCAGCCAAUAAAACGUUAUUGAUUUUUGCACAUUA